GCUCCGCUUUGUAACUGACAACAUGAAGGUAGAAAACAGCGCUUGGUGUCCAAGCUGUCUCAAGCUGUCUCAGCUGCAUGUGACAACGGGCCCUUACCCUUCGAAGAGGUUGUAAGAAGAAAAUACCGAUAACUACAAGCCAGGACCACCAGACACGCCCCAUGUCACGUCUGCGCACCGCAAAACCGCACCACAACGCGCUAAGAAUUGUUUCAAGAGCGCAGCUCACGGAACACCCUUUCCGGUGGAUCAAAAGAGGGUGACCGCCGGUUGUUCGGAAAGAGAAAGGUGCUACUCGGAAAAAGUGUGUCGACCAACUACGAAGGGAGGGAGCGGAUGCAUAAAAGGCUCUCAUGCGCCUUGAUCCCUGUUGAACACUUCGCUCUCUACGCAAUGGCGCCGCAUCGUCUCCUGGUACUCGUGCUGUGGAUUAUCUGUGCCCUCCGCGCGAACGCCUCCCGCGAUUUCUUGCCCGAUGAAGCUAACGAGACGGUCAUCGAGGAAGCCAGGAGAGUGUGGCAGGAACAGACGGACAACGUGCAGGGUGCGGUGGAGAACUUUAUGAAGAGACUGUUUCCGAUGCUCAUCCGGAUGGGAUCCGAGUCGGAGAUAUCGACCGAGUGUCAGGGUGCUUACCUGAAGAUGUUUGUCGCCAUACGACAGUUGAAGACCUGGGCGGUGAAAAUGGUGGACUCCUCGGGAAAGUUCCCCAACGGUGCUCUGUCGGGCACCAUGGUUUCCCUGGGCCAUUUCGACGAAUGCCUUGACAUCGUCGUCGACGGCUUCGAUAUUCGAGGACAGUACUGCAAUCUGCAACUCUGGCUGAGAGACUUGCCUAGGCCCACCCGAAACGUCUCACUGGUUGUACCUGAUCAGGAGUCGGUAAUGAGCCUGUUCUACGACAACGGCUAUUGGUUGCGCUUGCUUCCUGGUCACGUGGGUCUAUGCAUUCCGUCCUCCUGCAGCAAGGAAGACCUGGAGAAGAUGGCUACACAUGGCGGACGUGAGUUGAAGUUGAGGGCUACCGUUUCUUCUUGUCAGACCAAAGAACCGAUCAAGCUUGACCUAGAUCAAGUCAUCAUCCUGUCAGUCUUAGGGGCCAUAUUACUGUUGGUCAUCCUCGGAACGGCCUUAGAUAUCGCCUCGACGAACGCGUCCAAGAUCUCACCUCUCCACAAGAACGCCCUUCCGAUCCAUAUCCUAGUCAAUUUCUCCGUGGUGAAAAACACUCGAGAGCUGUUCCGUGAAUCGAAGAGGGGAGCCCUGGACUGCCUGGACGGGAUCCGAGUCCUGUCGUGCAUCUGGAUAGUCUUAGGACACAUCUACUUUCUAACGGACAUCUCAGCGUACAUCCGUUAUGGGUCUCUAACGAAGUUACAAGAUCUCUUCUCAAACUUCCUCUUCACAAUCGUCGAAAACUUCUCGCUCCCGGUGGACACUUUCUUCUUUGCCACGGGAUUGCUGCUCGUCUAUACUCAAGUCAAAAAGCGAGCAACUGAGGACACUUCCUUCUGUGGUUUAUGCUACACGUUUGUCCAUAGGUACUGGAGAAUGACUCCCGCAUUUGCUCUGGCGACGGCUCUCUUCAUUUUGAUGCCCCUGGUCGGAAGCGGUCCACUUUGGCGAGACGUUCUCGACCCGGUGUGCAACAGCUGCAAACAAAACUGGUGGACCAAUCUGGUCUACAUCAGUAAUUACAUGCCCUACGGUAAAAUGUGCAUGCUUCACUCCUGGUUUUUGGCUCUCAACAUGCAAUAUUACAUCAUCGGCGUUCCUAUUGUGCUGAUACUGUUGAGGAAACCGAAACCAACAUGCGUGAUGUUGGCAGUGCUGACGGUUGUGAGCACGGUGGCUACAGCCGCUGUGGCGUAUCUGAACCGCACACCGCCUGCCAUGCUGAUGAUGACGUCAGAAUGGAAAAAAGCGACGCAGCACCUGAAUCUGGUCUACUACCAGCCAUUCACGCAUUUUGGCCCUUUCGCCAUUGGAUUGGGUCUCGGAUACAUCUUGUCUAAGAAGAAGAUCCCGUUGUUUAAGACGACAACAUUGGUGUUUGGUUGGAUAAUGACCCUUGCCUUCUGCUCUUUCGCCGUGUUCGCUGUAUACCCGUUCCGUCGCGGCGACUAUUUCAGUCCCGCCUUCUCAGCCGCGUACGCUGCCUGCCAUCGAACCCUGUGGACAGUUGGCGUCGCCUGGAUCACUGUCCUCUGCAGUUCUGGACAAGCAGGUAUCUUGGGCGAACUGCUCUCAUCGAGCGUGAUGCGACCCCUGAGUAAGCUGAGCUACCUCAUCUACCUCCUGCAUCCCAUCCCCAUCUACAUUCAUGUGGCUGCUACGAGGGAGGCGUACCAGCUCGACCACUACUACAUGACCAUCUUCUUCUUUGGAGUCCUCCUUGCCUCCGUCCUGAUGGCCUACCUUGCCUACAUCAUGGUGGAACUGCCUCUGGGUUCCUUGGAGAACUUGCUGAAGUUCAUGACCGCCACCGCGGCCGUCAAAGACAUCCCCAGAGACGAAGAUAAAAAGGGGCUCUCGUACCCGAGCUUCACGGUCAACGGUCUACCACAGAGUCACCCGAAGGCACCAGAAUCCAGUCAUCUCUAGGCCUUAUUCCAGUUCCGUCCAGAAUGAAGUUCGAAACUGUCGCGACACAAGAUGAACAGCGACGUUGCGACCCGCCAAAAGACUAAUGUGGCAUUCACUUUCAGGCAGGUCUAGCGCAGAUGCGGCACGCAAGGACCUGUGCAUCUCCCAUCGAUGUCGACAAAAAUCCGGUACAGAUUUGCGCAGGCUUCUUGCAUCCAUUGCUUGUGUCGCUAGUUUCGCUAGCAGAAAGUAGAUAUUGUACAUAAGUGUGUUAUGUUGCUAUUACACCUACUCUGUAUAUUUGUAGAAAGUGAACCAUGUAUCUUCAAAAUAGGAGGAAAGUAAAAAAAAAACUAAACAAACGCCUCUGUCGGUGGCUGCUGAA